GAUUCGCUACGACGAGGUCUGUACAAAGACUCGCUACGAAGUCGAUCGAAAUGGUUGUCGAAGCAGAGCUUCUUGAAUGGCUGUCACUUCCUCCUCUAUGAUGCUGCUCCGGAACCUCCCUACGGUGGGGAGGAUUGCUCAGUCUGUUCGAGCGAACUCAAGAAUCUUCUCUACCGGAGAGAUUAUUCGGGUUCUUCCUCGUAUUGCUUCUCCAAGAUCCAUCUCUUCUACUCGUGCCGCACACAAUGAAGAGGCGGCCGCGAAAGCUGCUUCUGACACCGGAGCCCCGACCAUAUUUGACAAGAUCAUAGCGAAAGAGAUUCCAUCAGACAUUGUCUAUGAAGAUGAGAAUGUUUUGGCAUUCAGAGACAUAAACCCACAGGCUCCUGUUCAUGUUUUGGUCAUCCCUAAGUUGAGAGAUGGCUUGACCACGCUUGGCAAGGCUGAGCCAAGACACAUAGAAGUUCUAGGUCAACUUCUGCACGCAUCAAAGAUUGUUGCUGAGAAAGAAGGCAUUGUGGAUGGGUUCCGUGUGGUUAUAAACAACGGUGCUGAAGGAUGCCAAUCCGUUUACCAUCUUCAUCUCCACGUCCUUGGGGGCCGACAGAUGAAGUGGCCACCUGGUUAGGAAGAGAGAUUCAUGCCAAACCAAAUCAUGUACAAUCAGCGAGCUCAUCAAUGACUGUUCUUUUUCUUUGGGCAAAAUCAGUUACUGUUCUAGCUGUUCAAAUUCUGUUAAUUGUAAUCCUUUUCUCGUCUCUGAUUUACUAGUUGUUACCUAUCAUUUGGUAAAAUAAACUAUCCGUUCCUAAAAAAAUGAAUUUAUAAGAAAGUUAUUUUGUUUUGGUAAA